AUGCCACACAAAAGCCCCAGGGAGAAGUUUUUUCUGCAAGGGAAGCUCCUGGCGCUGUGUGACACCGAGACUGAUGGUGGAGGCUGGGUAAUCAUACAGAGACGUGUGCGAGGAGAUGAAGACUUCUAUAGAGGCUGGGAUGAUUACAAGAGAGGGUUUGGAACCCCAGACACCGACUUCUGGAUUGGAAAUGACAUUAUUCACGACCUCACCUCACAGGGUAAUAACGAACUCCGUAUCGACUUUGUCUACAAUGAGACCCAGUAUUUUGCUCAGUACACAAACUUCACUGUUGCCGAUGAGUCAGCUCAAUACCUCAUGACGAUUGGCGGAUUUUCCGGAAACGUCUUCGACAGCAUGAGCUAUCAUAAUGGCAACAAAUUCACAACUUUUGACAGGGACAAUAAUGACCUGAGUGACAAAAACCUCGCUGUGGCUUUCCAUGGAGCUUGGUGGUACAGCUGGAGCUGCCGGGCAAAUUUGAACGGGGCUUGGUCAGUGACAGACAGCUGGGGUAUUGCUUGGUAUGUUCCAACUGAUCCUAACUGGUACACUUUGUCAUUUACAGAGAUGAAGAUUAGGAAUAUUUAG